GGGAGUGAUCUGCAUCGAUCUGCUGGCUUCCCUUGGAUCUGCUGGCUAAACACCUUAUGGGAUUUUCCUUCCAUCUACUUCAGGUUCUAGGGUUCUGGUGGAGCUGGCCAUGAUGUUAUGGUUCCUGGUAGGUGCCCUUUUCCCAGCUGUGAUCCUGACUGCGCCACCUCCCAUUAACAAACUGGCCCUCUUCCCGGACAAGAGUGCUUGGUGUGAGGCGAAGAAUAUCACCCAGAUUGUGGGACACAGUGGCUGCGAGUCCAAGUCCAUCCAGAACAGGGCCUGCUUGGGACAGUGCUUCAGCUAUAGCGUCCCCAACACCUUCCCUCAGUCUACAGAGUCCCUGGUACACUGUGACUCCUGCAUGCCCGCACAGUCCAUGUGGGAAAUUGUGACGCUGGAUUGCCCAGGCAACGAUGAGAUUCCCAGAGUCGACAAGCUGGUGGAGAAGAUCCUCCACUGCAGCUGCCAGGCCUGUGGGAAAGAGCCAAGCCAUGAGGGGGCCCUGUUCAACGUCUACCUGAAUGCGGAGGAGAACAUGCCCGCUGAGGGCCCUGGCCCCCAUCACUAUGCCCACCACCAGCAAGAGGUGGAAGAGGCUCCCGUCUCCAACCACCACCACCAUGAAGAGGAGGGCGAGGAGUGACCCGCACCCUCCAGGACUGUCCUUACAGCCUGCAGUGUGGACAGGGGGCAUGCG